UCAUAUUUGUGCUGUACACCAUCAUGUGGUAAUGAGAAAGAGCAGUUCUGCUUCUGUAUGCUUUACAUAUCAUGAUUGUGGGCAACCACCUCAUAGUAUUCGGGAAGUUAUAACAUGUUUGUCAUUCAGAUGUUGUCCCACUGAUGGACUACAAGUGCAAGCUUAAGUAAGUAGCCUACUAAAAAGUAGAUUUUUAUGACUUUUCAUCAUGAUCACGAGCUUCUCCAUAAUGCAGAAUAUUUCUGAAAGUUCCAUUGUGUAGAGAUAUUGUAACCUUCAUCUCAUUGGAUUCAGAAAUACUUUUCACAAUUGCUUUCAGUUAUGUAAGCUUGAAUUAGAUUUACAUUUUUACAUUUUAGUCAUUUAGCAGACGCUCUUAUCCAGAGUGAGUGCAUACAUUUUUAAUACUUUUUCGUAAUAUUGAUACUUUAAAUCAGGGAGUUCUAUUUUUUGCGACAAAGUUGAUGUCACUCGUGAGAUCUUUUCUCACUUCAGUUAUACAUUUUACAUCCUGUUCUGUGGCUUUUCAGUUCUACUAUCUGGCUACACUAAACACCGCUUUAUAAGAAUUGACAAGGAUGUAACACACAGUGUAACUUAUUUUUUCUACUAAAUAUGUACAAUUUCAUGCAAGUUUCUUUGUGGUCUGACUAGCAAUCGAUCCAUUUUCAAUUUUUCAAGGUGAAUGUUUAUAUCCUGCAUCCCCCUACAUCCCAUCCCAAGAUGAACAGCACAAUGUCUGCGUCCAUGCUGCCUCUGGGCAACAUCACAACCAACAGCAGUCUCUGUACAGUGGAACCCCAGCAUGUCUCCAUCACUGUUUUCCUCCUCUUGGUCUUCCUGGUUGGUUUCUUCCUCAACAGUUUCAGUCUGUGGGUCUUCUGCUGCCGUAUACCACAGUGGAGCUCUGGUGCCGUCUUGCAGUUUCAUUUGGCUGUCAGUGAUGCUAUCAUCACACCAGUUGCACCAUUUAUGGCAACAUACUUUGUCAUGGGUAGCCACUGGCCCUUUGGAGCUUUUCUGUGCAAGUUGAAGAUUGCCCUGCUGAUCAUUCACUUCUAUGGCAGUAUCCUGUUCCUCACACUCAUCAGCAUUCAUCGAUACAUGGCAGUUGUCCAGUUUAAACAAGGCUCCCGCAUGAAACGAAAGGCGUUUGUUCAGAAGCUGUGUGCUGGAGUCUGGCUGGUUUUGCUGGCUAAGGGGAUUGCCUGUUUCUCCUUCUUAAACACAAGCCAAGUGGGAAACCGCACACAAUGUCUAAGCAUUCAUCAGCGAGAUUACAUUGACACCUACUUUGCCAUCAACUUCGUUUUGCUCAUCCUUGGGUUCCUAAUGCCUUUCUCAGUGGCAGUAACCUGCUAUGUUCAGAUAGCAAGAUCAGUGUCUCGCAUCAAUAUCAACACGUUUAAGGGCCGUGGUAUUAAGGCCAAGUCCCGUAAAAUGGUGGCCAUGUGUCUGGUGAUAUUUGGACUGUGCUUCAUGCCUUUGAACGUGAUACGCACUGUGGCUGUUGUGUUAAAGAAGUACUUUCCAGAACAAUGCAUCCUUCUGCAGGUGGAGACCGCAUACUAUUUUUCCUGGAUUUUGGCUGGAGCAAACUGCUGUCUGGACCCAUUGCUUUACUGUUUUGGAUCACACAAUUUUGUUAAGGCUAUUCAUGGGUCUCUCAGAAAAUUUGAUGUGAAGUUCAAAGAAGACCCUGCCACAAAUGACCAGAUCAGCUACAAUGCUGCUAUUGAUUCUCCCUCCAUUGUAUUAGAACACAAGGAAAACAUCCACAUCCAGCAUUCGAACACGUCUUGAAUAAGGAACCUCAUAGUUAUCUCAUCACAUUUGCUCAGUGUCUUCAUAAUCCUGAGAAAGUAUAGUUUUAUUAUCUACAGUGAGGGAAAAAAGUAUUUGAUCCCCUGCUGAUUUUGUAAGUUUGCCCACUGACA